UCAUGGUUUUCCUCGGCUGACCCGACAGAUUUAUUCUUUCUCUUAUGUCCACAUCAAGUUCAGCUUAAACUUUCCCACUUGGUGUAACUGGGAAGUACGAUCUUUACGGGAAUACUGAAUGGUCACAAUCAGUGAUAGGUCAUCGGGAGAUUUACUCUAAACCGUACCAUAAAUUAUAAAUCGCGGGAAAUUCAAGAUGCAAGUCAAGGAAUACAUUAUUUCAGCUCCAGGGAAAGCUAUACUUCACGGAGAGCACGCGGUAGUCCACGGCAAGGUGGCUCUGGCCGUGAGUUUGAACCUGCGGACCUACCUGCGGCUUCAGGUUACCUCUGGAGAGAAAGUCUUCAUUAAUAUGCCCAACAUUCACACAUUCCUGUCCUGGGACCUAACAGAACUGCAGAGCUUAGUCACGGACACCACAGUUAAUUACAGCAGUACGACAGAACUUGACACCAGUCUCGUCAAACGACUUCGAGACUUUGUCGGUAUUCCCGAUGGGACCACAGACACGGGAGGCAUGGCAGUCCUCGCGUUCCUUUACAUUUACCUCUCGGUCUUUGCUCAUUCAGAGUCUUUACCCAGUAUGACGCUGUCUGUGUGGUCGGAGUUGCCCACUGGGGCAGGUUUGGGGUCCAGUGCUGCGUUCUGCGUGUGUCUGGCCACAGCUCUGCUCUCUGCCCAGGGAACCAUCUCCUCUCCCCUCACACAUCAGCAAGACACCGCCAGAUGGAGCGAGGAGGAGAUGGAGCUGAUCAACAGAUGGGCGUUUCAAGGCGAACGGAUCAUCCACGGAAACCCUUCUGGCGUGGACAAUGCCGUGGGCACGUGGGGUGGGAUUUUGAGAUAUCAUGCCGGAAAGAUAACGCCGCUGAACAGGGUUCCCAUGUUGAGAAUCCUUCUCACAAACACCAAAGUUCCGAGGAGCACCAAGGUGCUUGUCGCUGGCGUGAAGGACAAAAUUAACAAGUUUCCGUCGAUCAUCAACCCUGUGUUGGAGUCGGUGGAUGCAGUGUCUCGUACCUGUGAGGACACCCUGACCAAAAUGGAAGCUGGAGAAUCGUCUCCCAAGCACUACAGUGUUCUAGAGGAGUUGAUUGACAUCAACCAGCACCACUUAAAUGUGAUGGGGGUGGGCCAUCCGUCCCUGGACACCUUGUGCAGAGUGACAUUGGCCAGAGGUCUCCAUAGCAAACUGACAGGAGCUGGCGGAGGGGGCUGUGCCAUCACUCUUCUCAGACCAGACACGGAUGGGUCGCUGAUCCAGAGCACCAGGGAGGAUCUGAAAGAGUGUGGCUUUGACUGUUGGGAAACGAGUAUUGGAGCGCCAGGGGUCCAGCAGCAUUCCCCUUGUUCUGUGAAAGAAGACAUCAUGGAGAUUUUAAACAGCUAUUGAGAAGAGAAUAAAAAUGUUUUAGGCAGAGACACACACACACACAGACACACCCUGAACAUUCAGAUCGUGUUGACCUUCCUUACUGGAUGACUGACUGGGAGUGGAGAGGGAAGGUUGCUCCUUGUCUGUCUGAGGGCCCUCUGGGGACAAAUAGGAACCGCACAGUAAAUUACUGAAGCUUUGUCUCUUAAUCCGACUGAAGGACAAGGACUGUUAAAAAAAAAAGUGCCACUCUAAUUUAAAGCUGUUCGGGCUGAUGUCAGUGUGGAUACAAGUGACUAGCUUUAAAAGAACUGCUUUAAGCUGUUUGGUUCAUUUUGUCAUUUUAACGCACACAUUUUACGAGUUUUUUCCCCCUUUCUUUUUAAGAUCGUGUUCUAUGCUAUUAUAUGUUUUAGCCGGUAGAUGGCAGCAGAGUUUGAUUUAUGCGACUGUCCAACUGACCAGCCGGCCUUAGAAUGAAUGCGAAUGCUUGACUUAAACAUGAUCUAUAUCCGCUUAACACCUGUUUGGCUUGUAAAGGAUGGAGAAUGCAUAUUCUAAUAGUUUUAAAGACUGGCAUCGGUUGGGUCUGUAGAGUGAGCAGGA